AUGGCCCGGGACGACAUCAUAGCAGCCGCCGCCUCCUUGGCCUCUCCGCACCCGGGCCCGACGCUCCUCCCGGGGCCCGUUGCCCACGUCGUCAGCCUGGCCACGCGAUCCACGAGCCUGGCCAUCCGCGUCGGCUCCUUGGUCAGCUCCUACGGCCUCGAUGCCGCCCGCUUCACCACCCUCUCCAGCCUCGAGCUGGCCCGCGGCAUGGUCGAGGUCGUCCUCAGCCGCGCCGCCAGAGACACCCUGGCCCAGUCAAACUCAGACCUCGCCGCCGCCGACGCAGAGACCAUCCUGGAGCGCAGCCUCGAGAGUCUUCACUACGCCGUAUCCCAGGUCGUCUUCUGGACCUCGGCUAGCUUCCGCCUCACCGGCACCACCCUCACCGCCGCCUCCGAGGCCUCCCAGCUCGUCCUCUCCUCCUUUGACCAGCUCUUUGGCUCCACCGACUCCUCCAGGGCCGUCGCCAGCAUCGUCACCCUCAUCCGCCGUGAGUUCAAUAACCCGGCCACCGGCGUCCGCGGCGAAAAGGUCGGCGUCCUCGACCUCGUCCUCGCCCUUGGCGCCUUGGCCUACCUCCAGCGCUCAUGUCGAAGAACCUCGGCCGAGGAGCACCGACGCCGAUCCUAUGAGGAGACAAUAUGGGAUGUCGUCGUCCUGAGCGAUGGCCAACGUGUCGAUAUCGAACAAGGCAAGUUGACUGGCACCCAGCCUACAUCCUCGAGCCUGGCUGCGCAAGCAUACGACAACGACGAAGUGAUCCUCGCGCGCCUGAAGAACCAAAUCAUAAACUCGAUGCCUCCGGGCACGUCCGUCGCCAUCUCCGACACGGUUUCCUCGGUCCAGACCAUUACCGUCGACGUCCAGGGGUCCCAGCUUCCGUCUCUCCCGACGCCUCCUGGAGCAGAGAUCGUUGAGAUGCGGGGGCCGGCGUCUGCUGCGGCCAUCUCUCGUUCUCCGGUAUCUCUUGAGUCGAGCAACGACACGUCGUAUCGCGUUGUUUACAGGAUUGAGCGCGAAAAGAUGCGGUCAACAUCCGUGCGUCGUCAAGAUGAGGCAUCGUGCCCCAUCGUCGUCGAGUUGCCCGACGCAAAGCCACUGCAGUCUCCAAGCCUCGACGCUUCUCCUGUCGGCCCGACUGAGUCGACCUCGGGUUUUGCCUUGGCCAGCCCAGCCAGUGCCGUCGACGCCGACGAGUCUACUGGAGCUCGGCGCCAGGCGCGAAUAGUGCAGCCAUCGCCUGCAGAAAUCGCGGCAAACCAAAAGAAACAAAGAUCGCCCCUCACGGAGCCCAGUUCGCGCGAGAACAUUGGCCGGCCUCGGCCAAGGCUGGAUACUGGCAAGCGCUCGCAUUCGAAAAAGAAGUCGGAGUCCGUCUUGCCGUCGAAGUCUGCCGAGAGGAGAAACGGGCUCAAGCAGGUGCUUAAGGGCAGAGGGCAGUCUCUGUCCAACAUAUGGAGCAAGGAACAACCAUCGUCCGAAGCAAGCCGUGCUUUCUCGAAGCCGAAACCACAGUGGAAGUCUCCGGGCGGCGGCAGCCCGACGGACUCUACCCCCGGCAAGUCCAAGCUCUCCACGGCACGGAAUCCAAGCCAGCCGGCGCAGCGCAGCCCGCCCGCCCGGCGCCCUCUCCAGCCUCCCGAGCUGGAACCCAGGGCUGGCUCUCGCACCAGCUUCUUCUCUAUCCACGAGCACCGCCGGGACUCGGUCGUGUCCCAGGCCGACACCUAUUCGAAGCAUGGCAACGGGGAGCUACGACCUGCCUCGCCUACCAUUGUCCGAACUGACUUUACGACCCAGGAGUCCACGACGCGGCCCAGGAGCGAUGUUUACUCAGCGCAGAUUGGGCCUAUCCCCCCCUCUCCGCAUAAAAGCCAUCGCCUGUCGGCCUCGUAUGCCCCCAGCCUGUACAGUCUGGCGACAAACGACUCCCAAUCGUCGCUCGUCCUGUCCUCGUACUACCAAAAGAGCACCUACAACGGGUCCGAUGCCCUGAGCACCCUGCGCCGCGAAGGCUUCGUCGACGGCACCUUUCCCGCCGGCCCGCUGCUGCCCAACAUUGCCCGGUACAUGCGCUUCUCGUCGGCCUGCUACGGGUCGCAUUUUCUCAAGUUCAUGGGCAUCUCGACGGAGCUGCCGUCACUGGGGGUGUGGGACGGCACGCACCACGACGUUCGGCACUUUGUCCAUCACACAGAAUCCGAGGCAGGCAACAUCCUGUUGGCAUCCUUUGUGGAUCCGCAGGGCGGCGCCGACGCCACCGGCUCGACCGGGACCGGCGUGCCCCUGGUGCACUACAUCUCGCUCGAUCACGCGGCCAAGGCCGUGGUGCUGGCGUGCCGGGGGACUCUGGGGUUCGAGGACGUCAUGGCCGACAUGACGUGCGAGUACGACGACUUGACUUGGCGGGGCCGGCGCUACAGAGUGCACAAGGGCAUGCACGCGUCGGCGAGGCGGCUCCUCUACGGAGGCGACGGCCGGGUCCUCGUCACCAUCAAGGAGGCGCUGCGGGAGUUUCCCGACUACGGCCUGGUGCUGUGCGGCCAUUCGCUGGGCGCCGGCGUCACGUCGUUGCUGGGCGUGAUGCUUGCGCAGCCGAAUCCCGACGGCCCCGGCUUCGUCAUUUCCGCCGAGUCCCAUGCGAAGCUCUUGACGCAGGGCACCUGCAUCCACGAGGCCAUCGGAGAUCUGCGGUUGCCCUCUGGGCGGCGCAUACAUGUGUAUGCCUACGGCCCGCCGGGCGUCAUGUCGGCGUCGCUCGGCAAGAUCACGCGGGGCCUCAUCACCAGCGUGGUGCACGGCAACGACCUCGUCCCCCACCUCUCGCUCGGGCUGCUGCACGACUUCCAGGCGCUCGCGCUCGCCUUCAAGCACGACGAGAACAAGACAAAGGCCGAGAUCCGGCGGCGCAUGUGGCACGUGGUGCAGUCCAACCUGGCCGAAAGAUGGCGCCGCGCCGAGCCGCGCGCCCCCGCCGAGGCCGAUGAGGAGCAGUGGAUCCUCCCGGCGCUGGGCGCACUGCGCGACAGCAUGAAGGGCGCCAAGCUGGUGCCGCCCGGCGAAGUGUUUGCCAUUGAGACGCAGCGCGUGCUGCGCCGCGACGCCUUUGUCCUCGUCGACGACGAGGGGCCCGUCGGACGCCCGGCACAGCGCGUCGUGCUCAAGUACAUUCGCGACGUCGAGGCGCGCUUCGGCGAGGUUCGCUUCGGGACGGGCUUGCUGAUGGACCAUAGCCCGGCCAAGUACGAGGACGCGCUCAACAUGCUGCGACUAGGCGUCGUGGACUAA